AUCCCCGCUGCGACUUUUACUGAACCUUUUAUUGAUGGCAUUAUCUUUCCGUUAAGAGUUACACAGAGAAAACAUAUUACAUUUGUCUAACUGUAUUUAGGAACGUUGUCAAAGGUCGCAACUAUGAAGACGCCAUUAAUAUAGUUCCCAUGGUAACGUCAACGUUGGCACCAGAUGUUGUCUUGUCUUUCAGUUUUAUCUUCAGCACGUACAUGGUGUUAGAAUCUCGUGUUUUAUAUGUCUAACAUACAUAUGUCACAUAUGUCACAUACAUGUGACAUAGCAUCGCGGCAUGACAUGAUGGCUUUAGAUCGAGAGGAUCCAGCAGCUGCCACUCGGGACGUUUCUGGGCUGAGGUUUAACAGUUUGGCGUUGGACGAGUUGAGUGAGCAGCUGGAGAGGUGCACAGCGGAAACUCAGAGGCUUCAGGAGGACCUGGGACAUGCAACCAAAGCUGCAUUGGAGAAGUUUGGCUGUGAAUCCAAAAGCAUUUCAGAUCCAUCUUUGGACAGUUUAACGCACCAGCAAUGUCAGAGGGAUGUCAGGCCCAGAAGAAAGAAUGCCCAGGGAAUUGAGGAUGUUAUGCAUCUUAGUGAGCCGCCAGUGGAACAAGUAGUAAGGCAUAGGGACCCUCGGGACGGACAGAAUGGCAGAAUGGAAGAGCUUAUUACAAGUGUUGGCCAGGAGGUGGAGAUGUUGAACCACAAACUGAGCUCAUCUAAAGACAGCGGGCAUCGCAUCAACACCAAGCUGGAACUUCUAAGGACAUCGUUGCAGCAGCAGCUGAAGACCAGUGACCUCGUCCGGUGUAGGUCCCAGGAGGUGGUGCAGACCCCGGGAGGAGAGCAGGAAGCCAGUGACCGAGAAACCAAACGGCCCGUCUGUCAACUGGAUGAAGCUCUGAGCCAGCAUAGAACCCUUCUCGCCGAAAAAGAAACUCUGAAGCAUGAACUGAAGGACAGAGAUAAGCUUGUGGAGACGCUCCGGUUUCAGCUGGAGAAGAGCAAGCUGACCAUUGACGACCUUCACCGGGAGAAUGCCCUCCUCGGCACCCAGAUGAACCAGCUGAAGGUUGGACACGCGGAAAGCCUGGUGAAUCAGCGGCUCGCCAUCACUGAGGAGCUCACAAAGCUGCAGCCUCUGCGCAGCUGCGCCUGCCACGAGCACCGCGACGUCGUGCAGCGACUCCGGGGCCGGCUGAAGAGCACCCAGACAGAGCUGGACCGGGUCAGGGGUGCCAUGAGGACUCUGGAAGGGGGGCGGACAAACGCUCUCCAGGCCCGAGUCCAACAUCUGGAGGAAACUCUGGAAAAAGUGAACCAGGAAGCGUCCUAUCAAAAGGCGGAAAGCCAGCGGCAGACACGGGAGCUGGCCUUUGUCAGGGAAGAGAAGAGGCAACUGGCGCGUGAACUAGACGCCGUGCGCUCCAAGGACAAACAUCUGCGAGAGAGGAUCAGCGAGCUGGAGGCCAUCCUUCACAAGAUGACCGAGGGCUUCGCCAACUGUCAGGAGUUCAUCCAACUGAAGGAGCAAGAGUUCUUUCGCCUUAAACUCAAACACAUACUGGACUUGAAGGAAUACCAAGAUGAAAAUGUAACUCCACCUGGACUGGACUCCCUGAUCCCAUCUGCUGCACUCACUGAUCCUCGUCCCUCCACGCGGGACGCCCGCAACGCCCCUAUUACACAGGAGAACCACGCCCGGGACCGGCUCCCACAGAACCUUGAAGAACCACACGCCGACAAUGCCGCCCUCAGGAGGAGGUCCGCACCGGCGAGAACGCACAGACCGGCAUUCGGCGAGCAGUCCAAAGCAGCCCGCCGGCGAACGACAUGUGGCAGUGAGACUACGACAGAAACAACAGAAAGUCACAAUCGGUCAUGCUCGAUGACCGCGACGCGACACACUUUCUACCCGUGGCGGCGGGCAUCGGAUUGCAAGUCACCCGUGUACGCGCUUCUGACCUCUGACCCAGGGCACAGCUGACAGACACUUCAAAAUCCCCAAGCAAGUCGAUAAUCACGUCUCACUGAAUAGAAACGCAAUGCAUAAAGUGCGGACCCCGUGCAAUAUGAUUUGGCGGAUCUGUUUUGGCAAGGAUGUGGAUUGUGCAGGCAUCAGAAAGAUACUAGUCAUUGGGACGGAGGACUCGUGCUGUCACAGGACCGCUCUGAAGCAACAACGACAACAACGUCAGCAUGAUGCAGCGACAGCAGCAACCCUUGAAUGGAUCCGCUUAUUCAUUUAAAGCGCAGCUCCACCGAUGUUUGCCAGACGGGGAGGAAUUCCCCGGUGGUCCACGAGCCAUAGCUUGGGAAUCUGCAAAAUUGAAAUGUGAAUCGAGAUGAGUGCUCCGAUACCAACACACUGAUACUGAUACCAGGUAAGUGCCAUAUAAGAUCCUUUAAAAGUCUUAAUUUUAAUUUCCUUUAAUAAAUCUUUCAAUUCCACCAAGUAUCACCACAUUCCAGCACUUGGAGCUUGGAGUUCUUUCUCUGCCGCCUUUCUCUCCUAGGAAACCAGGGAUUAAGCCUGGUAGAUAAAUCCAGCUGUACUGUACCUUUAAUGACCAACUGGCACGCAUCUUUCACCUUCAGUGAAAAGGCCCAGACAACCCGGCUUGUAUAUCAACUCCCCCCUCACGCCACCUUUGCCUUACACGGCUUGUCUCCGGGGCCUUUGCAAAGCACCGUGACUUAAUGUGCGGUACCAGGCUCUGCUAUGCUGCGGCCUCACUGUGGGAUUUAAUGGCGGCUAAUGUAAAGUAGGUGGGAGCUGUGCAUAUAUUGCAGACAUGAUAGAUUGUUAGUAGAAUACACGUUCUACACGUUGCCAUCUUCCAUGCAGCACCAUUUACAAACAGUACCGUAUUUUCCGCCCUAUAAGGCGCACCUAAAAACCUAAAAUUUUCUCAAAAACCAACAGUGCGCCUUAUAGUCCGGUGCGCCUUAUAUAUGGACCAAAUUCCUAAAUUCAAACUGGCCCGAAGUAUUGUGUCAUGAAAUCAAUCAUAAGUGGCCCGCUGAAGACUAUGAAUCAUGACUCAAAAAGACUAUGGAUCAUUAUUUUAUGAUUAUAAAGUAAUUUGUUCCGUCUGAAGUUGAAAUAAAAAAGAUAAAAUGGAGAAUGAUUCGAAAUCUGACAUGAUGCAUUAAUGGUGCGCCUUAUAGUCCGGUGCGCCUUAUAUAAGGAUAAAGUUUUAAAAUGGGCCAUUCAUUGAAGGUGCGCCUUAUAGUCCGGUGCGCCUUAUAGGCCGGAAAAUACGGUACCAGAAACAGACGUGGAUUAUAGUCUUUACAUUACAAUUAAAAGUCAAACCAAAAUAAAAACUAAUAGACGUAUAUCCAGAAAAGUAGAAUACAAUAGUCUCUGUAAAGAAAUCUAAAAUGAUCACAAAAGAAAAUAAUACAUCAAGUGUAUACAUAUACUGAUUAUACUGUGUAAUACAGGUCAAUAAUGUAAUUUUAAUUUGUCCAACUUACAUUUUUUACUGAAACAAGACAUAAAAAAUACACAAAUAAAUGUUGGACAAGCAUAUGUACAGUAUAUCCAGCCAUCCACACAUCUUCUAAGCAUCACAUUUUGACCAUGAUUACAUGCAAAAACAAAAAACUAGCUGUUAAGUUAUCACGUUUUACUGUUGCGAUAUGUAUGUGUAUUCACGAGCACACCCACGCUUGAAUUGCCUCCAUUCAAACACACCUGUUAUUUAUCCUUGGUGUGUUAUUUGUACUACAACCAGAUUGUAAUUUGAAGGCUCUUGCGACCUCGUGCUGACAUGACUCACUGCAUGCAGCCUGCUUUGUUUUAUUUAAUUCUGGAAAAAGUGCUUUCCAUUCGUACACACAUCCUAUCCAAGAGAUUUGGCAGAAAAAUUCAAAGAGAUAAAAGACAUCAGAGAGAAAUAAAAGACGUCAGGGAGUGUGGGGACAGUGUGGCGCUGUUACAUCAGCCAGCACAAAAAAAGUAAUGUAAUGAUACUUUUUUUUUUGAAAAUCAGCUCCAACUGAGAGUCCAAUCAAGCCAACAGAAGUGGGAACUAGAACCGGACUAAAAUGUCACUGUAAAAUCAGUCUGUCGCACUCUGGCUAGCAGCUAGUUAGCUUUUCAGCUAGCAUAAGAAGCAGAGAUGUCUAAAGUUAUUUGUCCACAAAAAACUCCAGCUAAAAGUCCUAUUUGAGCAACAAGAAUGGAAAUUUCAAAUAAAAUCAGUUUGUGGCUACUUUCAGGUGUUCAAAGUCGGAGGCACCAUUGCCAACAAGUGGACACCAUUUGGCUGAUUCAGUUGAUAUUUUCUUUCUUUCUUUCUUUCUUCCUCAUGAAUGGACAUUUUGUGGUAAGGUCAAAAUUCGCCGCAAAAACCUAAGGGGUGGAGUUGUCGGGGACAAGGACUGGGAUUCAUAAGCAUUUUUCCCCAAAACAUCAUUUACCCGCUGUGGGAUAAAGUCUCUUUGUUGUGCAGCGUGUGAAUUGCGUCGGGCAUACCGUGAAAUAACACUGUUCAUCAUAUGAACGCAUCAUUUUGACAAAAUGAAGAAAGUCUUCUUUUUUUUAAAUAACAAAAAUCCUAGUUUAGGAUCCUAUUGAAAAUGGAAAGAACGAAUGAUCCACGAUUGUUCACUGAGUUGCCUCCGCUGCUGUAAAAGAAAAGGCGUCAGUGUCGCUCUGCCGAGCAAACACAAAAAAAAAAAAAACAGCGCUUGAACCGUUUUACCCUUUUCUUCCAGACAAAUUACUCCAACUGUUAUUUUCCCCCCACCCGAUGAUUCUCUUCUGCAUUGCUCUUGUUUGAACAGAUGCCGGACCCCUCUUGCCCCCCCCCUCCCCCAUCCUAUGGAGUACAAUGAGGUAACACUCAGUGGCAGUGAGAGUUCAGCGCCCAGUCGGUUUCUUCCCGAGAGAAAGAGACACAUCAAAAACCGCCCUGUGUUUCACUUCCUGCACCAAAACUAAAUGGAGGACAUUAAUUUAAGAAUGGCUCUUAUGCAAGAGGCAGCGACCGCACUCACCUUUUGGAUGUUUACUUUAAAAGCAACAAAUUUGACAGUACUAACAAAUUUAACAAUUAACAAUUUUAUAUCUUUCGAGGGAGAAGACAAAGAUGUCAAGAGUAGCAAUAAUGUUAAUGCUAAUGUUUUGACAGCCGCUAUGGGCCUUAUCACAUGACAACCUUUCCCUGCAAAAAAGUCAAACCAACCCUGGAGUUUGGACUAUUUUACUGAACGCUUUGUUGAAGUCAACUUGCUAUAUGUUGAAGCAUCUCAUGUGUGUGGUUCCGUUCUACGAAUGAAGCUGAGAUGAGCAGCUGGUGUUGUCUGUAAAUAAGCUUUGUUGUUGGCCUCCCACAAGUGUCCAGUGUCCCGUUUCCUCGUCACAGGCAGACAAGAUAUUCCGAGUUCCACGAUGCAAGGGGGUCAUGUAAAAUCCCGGCAAUGUCACCCCUAACCCUAAAAGAUCCAGACAGUUGUCAUGUCUGGUCAAAUUGACGCUUUUAAAAUGACCAAAAAAACAAUAUUGCAAACUUUGUUUUAGAUACAUUAAAAUAGUGUUUUUAUUUUUUUGUUCUCCAUUUUGUGUAAACAUUUAUUGCGUGGUGAAAAUGAAAAUGACAGAUUGUUAGGUGUAUUGUUAUUCUGGAAACUGAAGGAUCUGCUAGAUCGCCAUUAGGAGUCUUCCUGAAUUACACUUUCCAGGCAUUUUGGGAAGUUAGGACGGUUAACAUCUCUGUUAUCACAAAAUGUCAACCAAAAUGAAAAGCAAUUUCCUUGAUCCGCACCUAAAUUUACCCACAUGUACAUUUAGCUCGUGGCGCAUCCUUCCCCCAAACGUCACAAAAGUUCUGCUGAAUAGCCAACAAACAAAAAAGAGAACAUAAUGUCAAAAAACAGAAUCCUGUCUCUACACCCAAUUUUAACUGGUUGUACCUUGGCCUAUGUCGCAUCCUUCUCAUCAGCUAACAAAAGGCCAUGACAAUGUCCACGCAAAAAAUAACCAGAUUGAAAAAAAAUGAUAUCCUCGAUCCACAACUAAAUUUAAAAGGUUGUACCUUGGCUGGUGUCACAUCCUUCCACAAACCGUCACUGAAGUCCUUACUAAACGCCAACAACCAGCGAUGAGAGCAUAAUGUCAACCAAAAUCAUAAUACAACCACAUUAAAAAUAAAAAACAAUUUCCUGGAUGUCUACCUAAAUUUAACUAAGUGUACCUUGGCCGAUGUCGCAUCCUUCUAAAAAACGUCACUGAAGUUCUGUUUAAUCGCUAAGAACCAGCGGUGAGAACAUAAUGUCAGCCAAAAUCAUAAUGGCAACCAAAUUGGAAAUAAAAAACAAUUUCCUGGAUGCGUACCUAAAUUUAAGUGGUUUUACUUUGGCAAUACUGCAUCCUUCCAAAAACGUCACUCAAGUAAAUUGCUAACAAACAGCAAUGAAAACUUAUUGUCAACAAAAAUCAUAAUACCGGGUUUAGAUACUGUCGUUUCGACCAAAUACCUCUGGUCAACUGUUUACAUGUGAUGAUCUGUCAUUUACGACGACAUUAAUCAGAACACCCGUUAUACAACCGUGUGACACGUGAUAAUGAUGCAAACAUAUUUAGCACAAA